GUUUUUUGCAGCAAUGCACCUACAGAGAUGGGUAACUGUUUAACCACAGAAGAAAAACCUCCAAAAUACCCGCCUUCUCAGCAAGAUCUGAAUAGAUCCCAGUCACAAACACCUGUAUCACCUGGUGGUAUCAAUGUAAGCCUUGACCAUACCCGACCACUGCCAUCUACACCAAAAGUUAAAGAUGCUCUUAUAGUACGUGCCUUAUAUGACUUUGAUGCAAUCAAUGACGAUGAUCUCAGCUUCAGAAAGGGAGAUAAGUUGGAAGUGGAUGAGGAAACCAGUCAAAACUCGGAUUGGUGGGUAGCUCGACAUCUGACGACGGGAGACAAAGGUUACAUCCCAAGUAACUAUGUCACCAAGGAUGAUAACUCACCACAGUCUCAGGAUUGGUGGUAUAAUGUAGAUAGGAAGGAAGCAGAUAAACAACUAUUGUUGCCAGGCAACCCUACAGGAACUUUUCUCAUGAGAGAGGCUGGAGAUAAAGCCUCAUUUGUGCUGUCUGUUAGAGACUUUGAUCCAAAGACUAAUGAUGCGUGUGUCAAACAUUAUAGAAUACGCAGGUUAGAUAAUGGAGGGUUCUACAUCAGUCCAAAGAGAACGUUUGACAACAUGCUUGAUCUGAUCUUUCACUACAGAAAUGCAGCUGAUGGACUAUGCUGUAAGUUGGAGAUUCCAUGCCCAAAAAUUCGACCUCUUGUACAGUUCAGGGAGCUAGAAGUAUCAAGGGAGUCAGUGAAGCUUCUCAAGAAACUUGGAAGUGGUUGUUUUGGAGAAGUCUACGCUGGUAAAUGGCGUAAUACAGUAGACGUGGCUGUGAAAACGUUGAAGCAAGGUCAGAUGACGGCUGACGAUUUCCUGGCAGAGGCAAAGCUCAUGCAUCAUUUAAGACAUGCUAAACUGGUACAACUGAUGGCAGUGUGUACAAAAUCAGAACCUAUCUGGAUUAUAACUGAGCUCAUGAUUAAUGGGGCCCUACUAGAUUACUUACGUAAAGACGAGGGCAAAUCCCUCGCCUUCAGUUCAUUAGCUGACAUGGCUGGCCAGAUAGCUGAUGGUAUGGCCUAUCUAGAGACAGAAAACUUUGUACAUAGAGAUCUGAGAGCUGCUAAUAUUCUGGUGGGUGAUCACAACGAAGUGAAGGUGGCAGAUUUUGGUCUAGCUAGAUUGAUUCAGGAAGAUAUUUAUGAGGCUCAUGAAAAUACAAAGUUCCCUAUAAAAUGGACUGCGCCAGAGGCGGCAUUUGACAGAAAAUUCAGUAUAAAAUCAGAUGUGUGGUCAUAUGGUGUGUUGUUGUAUGAACUGAUUACUUUCGGAAGAGUUCCUUAUCCUGGUAUGAAUGGGCAUGAAGUACUGAAUCGUGUAGAGAAAGGAUUCAGAAUGCAGAAACCAACUGGAGGACCAGUGCCUUGUCCUGACCCUUAUUAUGAAAUCAUGUUAAAAUGUUGGAACAGGGUAGCUGACAGUAGGCCUACAUUUGCUUAUCUCCAAGAUUUCUUUAACAACUACAUGGUGAAUGUAGAAGGAGAAUAUCGGGCCAUGGACGACUGAUCAUAUAUUGGUUGUUUAGGUUAACACUCUUAAGGAAAUAGGGAUGGACAUUAACUGGCAGGCUUUGACAUCAACUUUUUACUACUGCUUAACUGGAAUUGCAUUCGCAAGUUGAAGAAAUUUGAUUGCACUUCUUCUUGGAACAUCAGUCGUGUUUAAACCACUACCACAGCCUAAAUUCUUUAAGAAGAUAAAUUCUCACAAAAUACUACUAAAAAGUGCUGAUUUGAAUUUGAAAAGUAUAAAACGAAGAAUGAAAAAUGUGCAUAUCAUUAGGUUAGGCUGUUGUUUUUGUCCUUAAAAAUAUAUUUUUAUACACAAAAUUUUAUACACAAAACAUUUUCUCAGUUUUGUACUCGCAUAUUCAGAAGUCUUUGUGAUUUGUUGUAGAUGUAGUCGUAUCAUCUAUACUAAGUGUGCAAUUCCUCUUUACUUCAGAUUCUCAUUUUGUUGUUAAGGUUUCAGCAUAUUCUUAUCUUAUAUUGGGGUGUAAUAUGCCUGCACAUGUGCAUUCAUUCAUUAUGAAUUGCAAGAAAACUGUCUUGUCCCGUUUCAUCAUUUCUUUGUUACCAUCUAAAAUUAAGCAGAAAUGUGGCCUUGUUACAGGAUAGUGUUGCUUCUUUUUUUACAACAAAAUUCUUUACCAGAUGUUCAAAAAUCAUUUUAGGGGUUAAGUGGAGUUGAAAAGUUAAGUUAUCAGAAGGCAAGUAAUUGCUCAAUUUUAGUAUUUUUGCAAUAUGUAACAAGCUUUGUUAGAUCAGUAGAAUCCGAAAAGGCCAUCUUUGUUGUUUAUUAUAUUGAUAUAAGACAAUUCAUUCAUCACUGCCGAUUGAGUAAGAAAAUUCAUUCUUCACCCCUAGUUGGUGUUGGAAGAAGGUUAUAAGGCAGGAAUACAUGAAGGCCAACAGAUUGGCAUUACAUUACUGAAGUACUAAGUGCGUAACAUAGCAGUGAUUUUAAACAUUAUCUGAUAGACUAUCAUAGUUGUUUGCUUGGAUACUUCAAACAGUCAAAUCUAGUAUAAUGGUUUAUUAUAUAGCCUACUUUGAAUCGUAACAAAACUGCAUAGAACAAAAUCCUGUAACCCAGGCCAGUAACCAGUAUCACAUGCAGUAUUAAACCAGUUAUUUGACCAUGAGGGAUAUGUAACAUUUGACGUCAGUUUUACCCCGUGUCAUCGAAAUAAAAAUUCGGUAACAUUGAUUUUUUAUAUCAUUAACUGAUCCAAAAAAAUCAAGUAAUCAUUGCUAUGUUUAGGUAUAUAAUAAAACGGCUUAAUAAACGGCAUUUCUGUUCCUUAAUUGGUUAUUUGCACUCUUAAACCUAGAUUAGCAUUUGGGCUACACCCUGGUGCAAAGAUAGGUUUAGUCAUGCUGAUAACCACUUCAGGCCCGCCAUUGCCGUUUAAUAAGUAUAUAAUACAUGAUAAUUAUCUCCCUGUAUCUCUAUUUUAUAUUUUUUUUACCAGACUGGUUAACCAUGUUUCUUAUCGAGAUUCUGUGGUUAUGUCAUGUCAUUGUAAAUAUCUUUAAGUAAAUCAAAAGCAGAUAAAAAACAAAUGUUUUAUAAGAAAGUUUCAUUAUGUCUAGUUCAUCGAGGAUUGCUGUUGUUAUAUAAGAUAUUGCAAUUGGCAGAUACAAUUUGCAAAAUUGAAAUUUUCUUCUGCAGUCUCGCAUCUGUCCUCGGUUUAAAUGAAAAAAUAGUAAAAAAAGAUUAGACAGUUAAUUCAUAUAUCCUUUACGGACUAUCCAUCACCGUUUAUGACUUCAGUGCUUCAUGCAUUUUAACCCAUUUUUCACGAAGGUUUAGGGCAACAGUUGUGAACAAAGCAUUCCAUGUGACAUUCACAGGGGACCAUAUAUUUCCAUAGUCUAUUUUAUGUCUUGAUUAAGGAUGAUUAGAUUAGACUAGGUAUUUUUACAACAGUUUUAUUAUAUAUUUUAUUUGUGCUUCAUUUUUUUUAUAAAUGAGCCGCACCAUGAGAAAACCAACAUAGUGGCUUUGCGACCAGUAUGGAUCCAGACUGGUCAGGAUCCAUGCUGUUCGCUAAUGAUUUCUCUAAUUGCAAUAGGCUUUGAAAGCGAACAGUAUGGAUCCUGACCAGACUGCACGGAUGCGCAGGCUGGUCUGGAUCCAUGCUGGUCGCAAUGUUACUAUAUUGGUUUUCCCAUGGCGCGGCUCAAAUGCAUUUUCUAUACACCGUCAGCGUUGCUGUCACUAUUUACAUGUGUGAAACAGAUCUAUGUGUACUUAAUUUAUUACAUCUGAUAUUUCAUAAUCAUGUAACCAGCAACAGUUAUUUUUCCUACAGCUUUACAUAGAUUAAAGCACACUUUUUUUUUUUUACUAAAUAUCCACUUCUAUUUGACUGGAAAUGUCCAGCAUUUCACAUUUACUCCGCUUAUAAAAAAUAAUGUGGUUGUAUUUGUAUGUUGUGGAUAGUAUGUCUAGUAGAAUUUGAUCAAAAAGCUGAAAUACUAACUAGGGCUUUCUUAAGUAAUAUAUGUACUUGCUGAUAAAUGUUUGGAGCAGAAACUAUGAUAAGAACUCAAAACCUUAGCAGAUGAAAAAUAGGUAAAAUUUAGGAAAAAUUGAUAUUGUUUAAGUUAUUUUGUUGGACGGGAUGAUAGAAGGGUCAGAAAAUAUUUGCAGUUUAAUUGUAUCAGUAAAUAUGAUUUACUUUUCGUCAUGUAAGUUUAAAUUUGCAACUGUUAUUGAAUUCAGUUACUGUUUUGAGCAGCCUUUUACUCUGUUAGAAUGUUACAUGACAUAUGAAUUAUUCUAAAGGUCUUCAAGGGAGGUAAUAGGAUUUUUUUACUUCUAAAUUUAUGAUAAAAAAAAGAUUAUUGCGGGGUAUUUUCCAUAGUAAUUUUCAGCCAUUUUGGGUGGUAAAAAGUUUUAAAAUUUCAAUUUUGUCAUUAUUUGCUGAUGGAUUGUUAAAAGACUUUAACCCUUACCCUGCUAAAGUUCUUUUAAAAGGUGUGUUUACCCAAAAAUCUACUGACUAAAUAGCAAACAGUGCAGACCAUGAUCAGACUGCACGGAUGUGCAGGCUGAUCUUGGUCUGUACUGGUCGCAAAGGCAGAAUCACUUGGCGCUAGCAGGCUAAGGGUUAAGGAUAAAGGCAACAUAAAGGCAAAAUUUCUGUAAUAUUCUGUAAUAUUUCUAAAAAAAAUAAUUCUGAAAAUUUUAAAGUGGGAAAAAGUACACUUAUGUCUAUAAAAUUAACAUUAUUACAGAUAUUUUGAACAUUCAGUGAGAUCCUACUACAGUGGAUUGUUGUGAAUUUGAACAUCCUUGGGUGGCCAUUAUGUUAUACUGUUACACUGUUUAUAUCUCUUAACUUUGAACAUUCCAGACCUAACUUAUGUGUUUUCUCUUUACCAAUUUGUAGAGACUACAAAUUAUAUAUACAAGAAACUAUGAAGCAAGAUUUAUCACGAUAAUUUAUAGAGAUAACAUCCAUGUUAGUAUUAAUGAGCCCCAUGUGGUUCUGGGACGAUCUUUGUAUGAAAAGAACUGGGACCACUGCCUUACCGUUGCAUGAUCGUAAGAGGCUAAUAGGGUCUUAACACUUGGUUUUGCAGUAACUGUGAUUCCAGCAGGUAUGCAAAUUUUGAUUCCAUACCUCAUGUUUUUAUUUCGAUAUAAAUCACUAAAUGAGAUAUGGAACCAAAAUUUGUAGUCCUGUUUGGCGCCAUAUAACCUAUACUGUGUUGGUGCGCCGUAAAACCCAAAUAAAUAAAUAAAUAAAUUAGUACUAAUGAUUUAAUAGGCAGGAGUUUGUGUUAUAUACAUUAGUUAAAUCACUAAAUAUUCUUUAGACUCCCCAAGUUUUAUAGAUUCAAAGUAAAUAUAUCAGCAGUUAAAAUACAGCUGAAACUCGGUAUCUUGAAUUCAAAGGGAUGGAGCAUUUUACUUCAAGAUAAACAAAACUCUAAAAUUAUAUUUUGUGCACGUGCUUCGGGAUGUCUUUGAGACGGCCGGAAUUAGAAAGUUUGAACUUCAGUUUAUUUUGUUAAGUAAGUCUUUUUAAGAUAAAAAAUUUUGAUGAAUAUUUAUCAUGUUUCUUUCAGUUGAUUUAGAUAAUUCUGAAAAGAAGAAUUUAGACACAGAACAUUUUAAUACAAAAUAUCUUUUUAUUUUUUGCUAUGAAAUGUAUAUUUUGAUGUAGUAGUAUAUGUAAUUAAUGGCAACAAUCUAUGUUUUAAAAGAUGCUAAGCAUUUUGAAUGAAUUGUUUUAUUAGGAUAGUUGAUUUUAUAAGUGUUCGUUACAAAUCAAAAUGUGUACAUAUCAUAGACUGUGACUCUGGAAUGGCUUCACUGCAACAUUUUAAUCAGAAAAUGGAAAAUCAACAAUUAGAUUGAUUUUGAAAGUCUGGUUGUGAAACAGCUCCUACACAUAGUAUUUUCAAAGUUUCCUUUUCUUAUAACAUUCGCCAGGCACAAAAUAAAUUGUUGUUUCAUUAAAAUCACACACUGUUGAAAAAGAAAAGAAAAUUCUUCUUUCAUGAAUUUAGACAGGUAAGGAUUGUAAAUGGAAGGAUAGAAUGCAGUCAUGCUGUGUUUUUUAAGAGGUUUAAACAUAUUGUUUAUAUUGGAUAGAGCUAGAUAACUCAGUCUGUUUCAUUUUAUUUUCUUCAUACUUGUCUGACCAUAGUUAUUUUAGGAAAUUCAUGAUUAGGAUGUGAUGCAGUCCUCUGAAGUUAAUGUACAUGUCCACAUAGAAAUUGUAAAUCAUUUUACACAAAGUGUAACCUUAGGGUACCUGAAGUUAAGUGAAUACACUUACAAAUGUUCAUUGUAGAAAUUUUAGGACACUUGACUUUAGGUUGACUACCACGUUUCCACUGUUACCGUGAGCAUGUACCCUGAAGUUUGGUCUAGCCAUACUUUUAGCUCUGUUUUUACUCUCAUAAAAUGAUGACAUACCGUAUUGUUAGUAUUUCAAUACUAGAUAUAAGUGGUACAUGAUGUGAGGAAUUGAAUCAAUUGUUAUUUUAUAUGAUAUAUUACGUUGCCUUUGAACUGAAACAUAUCUCUUAAUGUGAUCAUUCCAAGACGAAAUUUUGUACAGUUAUAUGAUAAUUAUGUAUAUUCACACAUUCCUUGUAAAAUUUAUCAUUUUUAUAUAGACAUUGAAAUAUAUAUAUAUAACACUGGG